AUGGAUGAGUUAAUCGCUACUAUGGAUGUGCACCAACUCCGUAGCUCAUGGAUUGGUGGUGUUCAUCUAGAAAUGAUGCCAGAUGAUGAGACUAGUGUUGUUCAGGACGACGAAAUCGGUGGUGUGAAUUACAGUACUACGUGCGCUCAUCGACGUAAUAGACGACAGAUUUUGGAGGUGGUAUUCCUAAAUUCUGGCUGGGAGGCACUAUGUUCAAUUCUGGGGUAG